AUGCGAUGUACUGAAUUCGACGGUGAUGGCAAAGUCACACUGGUCAACGGCGCAUUCAAGAAGAGCGAGCUUAUAGCCAAGUGUGGUCUUCUGCCUCGUGAUCUUCGAAAAAUCGACUCUGCUUCGCUGCCGCACAUUCUCGUACGCCCUUCGGCCAUUCUGAUAAAAAUUCUACAUAUAAGCUGUCUCAUCAACCACAACCGAGUUCUGGUGUUUGAUGCCUACGGAACAACCGAUUCGCAUACCCAGUCCAUCUUCAUGUACGAUCUGGAAGGCAAACUUCAGCUGCGAGAAGGCCGAUCUGCCGACACCCUACCAUACGAGUUUCGCGCGCUGGAAGCUGUUUUGAUAAGCGUCACUUCGGCGCUCGAGGGAGAAUUUGAAGGCGUGCGCGAGCCUGUGGUACAAGUUCUGAGAGAGCUUGAAGAAGACAUUGAUCGCAACAAGCUGCGUCACCUGUUGAUCUAUUCGAAAAAGCUGGGUACAUUCGAGCAGAAAGCGCGCUUAGUUCGUGAUGCCAUUGAUGAUCUUCUCGAGGCAGAUGACGAUCUGUCAGACAUGUACCUGACCGAGAACGCGAAUGGGGUGAUACGCGAAGAGGACGACCACACCGAAGUCGAGAUGUUGCUCGAAUCAUACUACAAGGUAUGCGACGAAAUUGUGCAGGCGAGUAGUAACUUGGUCAGCAACAUUCGCAAUACCGAAGAAAUCGUCAAAGCGAUCUUGGAUGCAAAUCGCAACUCGUUGAUGCUCUUGGAUCUACAGUUCACGAUUCUGGCACUUGGUAUCGGUGUAGGCACCUUCUUUGCUGGUCUCUACGGCAUGAACUUGAAGAACUUCAUCGAAGAAACCGACUUUGGGUUCCCGCUGGUCAGCAUAUCUUGCGGCGUCUUCUGUAUGAUUGCCAUAGUCUGGGGUCUCAGGAAGCUUCGAAAGGUACAACGACUCAGCAUGUGGGGUGAGAGCGGAAGUCUGUCACCAGAGAACUCGAACCGCCGUGGACGAGGCAGUUGGAGAGAGAUCGAACCACAGAGCCAGUUGUCGGGCGAAAGCAGAGUCGACCGGACUGUUCGAUGGAAACAAGAUCAGCGCAUGGGCAAGAUGCAGGAAGGCUCUUCUGAGCCGCUGUAG